GGGACAGGUUUGAUCCACACACAGUUUCAUCAACUGUGUUUCUAAUCAACUGAUGAGAAUCACCUUCAGUAAAAACACUGACUCACCACCACAUACUGUCUGUUGUCUCCCUGCAGCACCAGAGUGUUUUUAUAUGUCAUUAUUAGUUAUAUUUACUAUUACGCAAUUGUAUUUGAUGCUGAUAUUUAGGCAAUAACCCUGUUGUUGUUGUUGUUGUUGUUGUUGUUGUUGUGGUGGUGGUGGUGGUUCUGCUGUUUAAGAUGCUGAGUGUGUCUUCAUGCAGCACGCCUGAGUGGGAUCUGUGCCAGGAGGAUGCAGGGAUGGUGCAGGAUGAGGAUGGAGAAGAGGAGGCACUGCAGGGAGGGGUGGGUGGUGUACAGUUGCCAUGUGCCUUUACAUAACAGCAGCAGCUGAAGGCAGGAGAGAGAGAGAGAGAGAGAGAGGGAGAGAGAGAGAAUCAACGUCCGUCCACUGUGUGCUGCCGCAUUGCCCAAAGGCUUUCAGGGCAGCAGUUGCUGCUGCAGUGAGUCAUCACAGCAUCAGACUCUGUGUGUCUGAUAUUUUGCAUCAGUUCGAGAACAUUCGGGUGUUGACACUGCUUGUUUCCGGACCUGUCUGUGAGUCUGUUGUGGAAUAAAAGCCUGGUCCUGAUGAGACACGUCACACGUUUUUUUUUGGAACCCUUUCAGUUUCAAACCCAAACCCUCCGGUCCAGUUGUCUCCAUGAAGCCCAACGUCUGGGUUUAAUGACGCGACACUGUUUAUGGGGCUCCAGUUUAGUGAGGUUUGGGAGAGAGUGAUGGAGGGAAAAGGGGGUGUGGAUGUUUGUUUAUUAUCUCCACCUAUCGCUGCCCUGUGUGUGUGUGUGUCAGGUUGAUGGAGUGGGUGGAGCCGCUCGGACAUGAGUAAAUGACGUCAGCUCCCAGGUCGCCGAGCAGAGAAACAAACAUGGCGACAGAAUGGAACGGUCAGCAGGGUUACAUUCUCACUGUCGUCAUCUGCCUGUGGAGCGCCGUCGGCGGGCGGACAGAGACGGUGGCGACAGCCACACAAGGGCCCGACGGCAGGUGCGGCGGCAGCGGCGGGACACAGGUGCUCGGCGUGCGGCUGGAGAGAAGCGACAAGCCCGCCGGCACCAAUGACGACGGUGUCAUCCAGGUGACCGAGGAGAGCUCUGUGCUGCUCCGGUUUUACGGGGUACAGCUGCACUCGGGAGCCUGGACACAGGUCCGUUUCGCGGAGCUCACAGAAGGAGGAGGCGGAGGAGAAGGAGGCGGAGGAGGUCUGGACUUCCCGGAGGAUGCGGAGGAGAGAACAAGAAGCAGCAGCGGGUCGAUAGACCCCGCGGACAGGACUUGUGCGGAUUUCACCAAAGACAUCACAGUGGGGACCUUCAUGAACGUCAGUAGCCGCGGCACGUCGGGGCUGCUGUCGGUUUACGUCAAACCGCUGCGGAAGACCGAACCGCGCAAGCUGUAUGUGGUGUGCACGCUGAGCACGGAAGAGGGCAGGUGGACGCAGCUGGGGGACAGCGACGCGACUCUGUUGGUGGUGGAGGAGAAGAAGCCUCUGAUGCCCAUGUGGCUGCAGGGCAUCCUCAUCUCCUGCCUGCUGGUGCUCUCCGGGAUGUUCAGCGGCUUAAACCUGGGGCUGAUGGCGCUGGAUCCCAUGGAGCUGCGCAUCGUCCAGAGCUGUGGCACGGACAAGGAGAAGAAAUACGCACGGAAGAUAGAACCCAUCCGCAGCAAAGGCAACUACCUGCUGUGCUCGCUCCUUCUGGGCAACGUCCUGGUGAACACAACCCUGACCAUCCUCCUGGACGACUUGAUAGGAUCGGGUCUGGGGGCGGUGGUGGCCUCGACUAUUGGGAUUGUCAUCUUUGGUGAAAUCGUUCCGCAGGCGCUGUGUUCCCGCCACGGCCUGGCUGUCGGUGCGAACACCAUUGUGUUGACCAAGUUCUUCAUGUUGCUGACUUUGCCGCUGUCCUAUCCCAUCAGUAGGUUGCUGGAUGUCCUGCUGGGUCAGGAGAUCGGUACCGUGUACAACAGAGAGAAGCUGGUGGAGAUGCUGAAAGUGACAGAGCCCUACAACGACCUGGACAAAGAGGAGCUCAACAUGAUCCAGGGGGCGCUGGAGCUCAGGACUAAAACAGUGGAGGACGUGAUGACACCCCUGGCCAACUGCUUCAUGAUCCAGGCGGACGCUGUGCUGGACUUCAACACCAUGACAGAGAUCAUGGAGAGCGGAUACACACGCAUACCGGUGUAUGAUGACGAGAGGUCCAACAUCGUGGACAUCCUCUACGUGAAGGACCUGGCGUUUGUGGAUCCCGACGACUGCACCACUCUGAAGACCAUCACCAAGUUCUACAACCAUCCAGUGCAUUUUGUGUUUCACGACACUAAACUGGACGCCAUGUUGGAGGAGUUCAAGAAAGGUAAGUCCCACCUGGCCAUUGUCCAGAAAGUAAACAACGAGGGAGAGGGCGACCCCUUCUACGAGGUUCUGGGAUUGGUCACCCUGGAGGAUGUCAUUGAAGAGAUCAUUAAGUCAGAGAUCCUGGAUGAAUCCGACCUGUACACUGAUAACAGACACAGGAAGAAGGUGGAUCCCAACAAAAACAAACGGGACUUUUCUGCCUUCAAGCAGGACGGCGACAGCAAGGUGAAGAUUUCUCCUCAGCUCAUGUUGGCCGCCCAUCGUUUCCUGGCCACAGAGGUGACCCUGUUCAGCCCGUUCCAGAUCACAGACAAAGUUCUCCUGAGGAUUCUGAGACACCCAGAUGUUAUCGAGGAACUCAAGUUCAAUGAAAAUGACAAGCGCUCACCACAGCACUUUAUCUACCAGAGGGGCAAACCUGUCGACUACUUCAUACUCAUUCUGCAGGGUCGAGUGGAGGUGGAAGCCGGGAAUGAGAACAUGAAGUUUGAAACGGGUGCUUUCUCUUACUACGGAGUCAUGGCUCUAAGUAGCCCAGCACUGGCCGUCACCCCGCCACUCUCCCCGUCAGUGGCAUCCCCCCCUCCAAGGCGACUUUCUCUUAAGAGGUUUUCUCUGUUCUCUCGCUUCCCAGAGUUUCGGUCUCCAUUGCACGGCGCCAACCUUAACCGCUCUGCUUCACUUAGCUGCACUGAGCGUGCUCCAGAAAGCGGAUCAGUGAGUGGGAGCAACACCCAGAUCCCAGGCACCCCCUUUCAGUACAUACCAGACUUCUGUGUCCGAGCACUGUCUGACCUGCAGUAUGUAAAGAUCACUCGAGCUCAGUACCAGAACGGUCUCCUGGCGUCCAGGCUGGACAGCACGCCGCAGUCCCCGGAGGGCAGUCACUCUCAGCUGGACAAGCUGACAGCGUUGCCUCCUGUCACACCACCAGGAACACGCAACCCACUCCCUUUGGCCACGCCCCCUGUAAAGAGGCUGCCCAACAACGCUCAGCCAACGACGCUGGGGGGCCGCGCCGCCCUGACCUCCUACGCCCGCAGGCCGAGCCAGCCCUUGGUCCUGGUCACUUCCCCUGCCAACAACCACACUUCUCUGUCCCAAAUCAACCCCCACCAGGGUCUGCCCUCCAAGCCCCAGCAGUCACCGCCCUCUGCUGGCCCAGAGAACGGAUCGGAGGAGACCACCACUCUGCUCAGUGAGCAGCAGAACUGUUUCAGUCCACAUAGGCCCAGCCACACCAUCAGCCACGCACACACCGAGAGCACCAUCUAACUAGGGGUCCCGCGGGGGAAACAAACACUACCCGCCCACGUACAAAACAUGGCCGGCACAACUUCUUCUUCUUCCUCUUCCUGUUGUUUGCUUGUCAGAGAGAAGCUGAGGAUCUGCACACUCAGAAAGUCUCCUCCAUCACCUCGUGCAUGCACCGACCCUCACUCACAGACACAAAAGAACAGAUGGCAAAAGAUGGGCACAGAAGAACACUAGUGAGGAAAGAACUACUAAGGUGUGUGUGUGUGUGUGUAUGUUUUCAAACAUCAGUUCAUACAGAUUACAAAAAGAAAAGUAACACGUUCAAAAACCUUCUGAAGUUCUAAGUGAAAACAGUCUUUCAGUAUUCGUUUAGCUUCAGUCGUACCAUGUGACCUGGUUCACAGAGCAGCCAACGAGUUUCAAGUUAUAAUUGAUUUUAACUGUAAAUCUGCUCACUGGUUCAUCAGAAACCAUAGUAUUUUUUUACAACACAAAAUCAUUUCAAAUACAUUUUCAUUUGGGGACAUAGCCAGAGGGGGGCGCUGCUGUCAGUGGCAUAUGCCAACAAAAGAAUCAAACAGUUGUUCUUUUCAUCGUGUCUUGGUACUAUAUCUGAACAACCAGGAUGAAGUGAGACAUUUGAGUGUUGUUCUGGUUGUUGUCAGUAAGACACUGAUGUGUUUAGAUCCUAAAAGUGUUUAAUGGUCAAAGUUAAAUUUACCUUAUUCAUUUUGGGUUUAUCCAAAUAUGAUAAAUCGUCUGUACUUCUGCUUUUUUAGUCCUGAAACACUUUGUCAUUCAGGUUUUGCUAUCUACUUAGUGAC